AUUUAGGUUUUUCAGAGAAUGUAUUUUUAACAUGUGUAUUUUGUCUUACUGUACUGGCAGAGUUUUUAUAGUCAAAACAAAUGAAAAAAAUCUACCAGUGCUGAAGAAGUAAUCCAAAGUAUUUAGAAUACGUUACUGACUUUGAGUAAUCUAACAGAAUACAUUACAAGUUACAUUUUACAGCAUGUAUUCUGUAAUCUGAAGUGGAACACAUUUAAAAAGUAACCCUCCCAACCCUGUCUGUACUGCACUGUUUUAUUUUAUUUCAAUGUACGUCCUUUAAUUCUCUCAUUAUACAUUUUUUGCCCAUUUUUUAAUUAAAUGCUUAUAUUAUCUUAUUCUUUUUUAUGUUCUUAAAAUUACAUUAGCUGUUGUCUUUCACUUAAUCAUGCCUAUGUAAAGCACUUUGAUUGACCAUUGUGUUUGAAAUGUGUGAAUAAACUUGCCUUGCCUUCCCACAAGUAGCACACAUGUCAGGAACUAUAUGUUCUAGCGGAAGGAUGGCACUUAACAAAUUUGCUUUAUAAAGUGAUAUAUUUAUGUAAAUGUAUGCCUUAUACAUUUUUGAUGUAGUAGCCUACUGAAUGUGUUAUAAAAAAGCAAUAAUGCCGAAGAGGCUAUGCUAUAUUAUAAAUAUAGUCGGUAAAUCAGCUAAAGGUCUUUGUUGGGCAGAUCUUUAGCCUUCCUUUAUUUGUUUUAUCUAUUAAACGUAAUCCAGCCUGAUCGUGGCCAAUGGGCGAGCUGCUAAUGACCCCCCUUCUGUUGAUGUUUUAUCUCUUCGCCCACAGAUAGGAGGCGUCAUAUGACUAUCCCUUCAUCAUAACUGUGACGAGGUUAGUGAUUCUGAACAGGAUUGCCGAGAUGAACUGCUUAAAAAUUAAUCCUUCAGCCCGUUUUGCUCUGAUUUCUUAUAUGGAUAAUUAUAUGGUACACGAGCUCAAAGCGGACAAUUCAUCACCGAAGGACAAAAGCGGCCUACAGCAGCACUGAAAAAAAUGCGCGAGUGGGCCCCUGUGGUCCCUUUAAUAUUGCAGUCCAAUUUUAAAUGUAUGCUAAUUGAAAUGUAAAACGUUUCCAACGUUUAAACUUGAAUUUACGCAUAGACGGUUCAUUAGAACAUUAGCUGACUAAAGUGAAGGCUUUUGCUAAAACAAGAAUACAAUGGGAGGAAAAGGCAAAUAAAAUCCACACGGUUAUCAAUAAAAACAACAGAAUGCACGUGAGAGCACAUUAAUAUUUAUUAUUAUAUAAAAACCACAAAAAUAAUUUGUAGAAAUACUCACCAUAUUACAAACCAUCUAAUGAGAUCCAUCUUUAAUUAUAAACAUGAACCAAAUGAUAUGUCCACGGUGAGAAAUCUCGCCUUGAUCUGGUUUUAACUCGGCGAGUCAUGUGGAAUGUUGCAAUGGCUUUAGAAGGUGAAUUUAGCACUCAUCACUGGCAUAAAACUCCUGUGGAUGUUACCUUUCAUAAUACUGACAGUUACAUAAGAAUUACAUUAGUCUAUCAACGUUUCAAGGUUUAAAUAAUGGCUAUAGAUAAGGCGGCCUGGAAAGAAAGGGGGAGAAAAAAAAAAAAAAAAAAAGAUACGAGUCGACUAAUGGUGAAACUGAAUGUCGAAAUUUGACGAUUAUCGACUCCAGCUGUCCAGAGAACAUACGAAGAUUGCGGUAUGAAAUGCAUUUCACACGUUUGCAUGUCCAGUAUUUAAAAAAAAACAACAAAAAAAAAACAGACAGAACACAUACUAACAUACUAGCGUCGACUCUGGUAGCCAAUCUGUACUUUCUUCUAUAUUUUAAGUAGCAGAUUACAAGCAGCUUGCGUUCGCAGGACACGAAUAUAAAGAGGAUUUUCCUGAUUAAUUGCACGAGUGCCACAAAACGGCCUCGUGACCCACUAAAGCCUUGUGCGGCAGGAAACGAUGUGGUCAACACGGCGUCGUUCCUUUUCUGGCAUAUUCUGAAAACAAGGCUACUUUUGGCUAUGGCUGAGAGACAAAAUCAGAUUGGAUUACCUCAACAAAAAACCACGAAGAAAAACAAAACAAAAACAAAGAGAGAAAUUUGGUGUUCCUGAAUGAACCUUGCGCAACACCAUUCAGGCUGAUAGACCUGGAGUCGCCCCAAGCACAUACACACAUAUAUAAAAAGGGGGUUAAACAGACAGAGACCAACGCAAUGACCAAAUUCCAAAGAUGAAAUGUUUGGGUUAUAGAUAUGUCUGUUCAAUACACCUUUAGACUUGUGUUCCAACCUGAAUAUGCUAAAUUACAUUGCCAAAAAAAUUGUGAAUAAGCACGACAAUUUCCAUACCACAUACCGGUAUGUGUUGCAACAGUGUGAUAAAUUCACCAGAAGAUCAGAAACCUAAGCGCCCCCCAAAAAAUCAAGUGUUCCUUAGUGCGCAAUCCUGGUUCUAUUUUAUCCUGCAUGCUUCACGUCAAAUGAUCCACUGAAUGGCUGACGAAUAAACAGCACCGAAUGUUCUUGAAAGGGGGAUGAGAGGGAGCACAACAGAGGACUGUAUAUUCCCUUUGUGCUUGCUGAUUGAAAUGUCACAGUGUUUGAGGUUCUUUCUCCGACCUUAAAUGGUUAGAUAGGUGGGUGCAUUCAUAUCCCGUAGCCUACCCGUGGCACGCGUCCAAGCGCUCAGAUUACUGCUGUUUUAUUCUCUCGCUCUCUCUCGUGCCACAUGGUUUCCACGGCUUUGCGCAGCAGCGUCGAGAGCGCCUUUUACGCAGAAGACAUUACUGCUCAGAUAAGCGUGUUUUUAUGCAAUAUCCUGGCUUCUCAAGCCCUUCUUAAGCACAUCUUGAGAUUGUGUUUGCUUGAGAACGCCAUAGUUGCGUGUCGAAAGCUGAAUCAUUUGUAACAGCGACCGAGAGCCUCGCCCAUGAAUGGCGCGGAAACCUUCAUUUCCCUCAAUGAAGUCCUUUGUGUGCAUGGACUAGCCAUUUUGAAAAUGAGAACAGCAGAGAAGCCAUUCAACAACAGGCUAUUUCUAAGGUCGCUUUGGACAUGGGUCAACAAAAAGAGGUGUUUGGAAUACUGAUUUUACACCUUUAACGAUUACAAUAAAUCCCCAUUAUAUAUAUGAGAUUAAAAGUUGAUUUUGUAACUGUAUAUAAUAAAUGUGGUUUUAAUGUUAUAUUUUAAAUACAAACUAUUCCCACGUCCUUUUGUCAUACAGAAUGUCCUAUAAACUAUUACCUUCGGAAAGAAAAGCUCUGGAUGAUAUUUUCUCUCCUCUGAAUGAUGAAGAGCGACUGUAUUUUCUCUUGUCAUCCUGUUAGUGUCUUCAGGAAGAGAAAGAGAUUGUUUGCAUAUUGCUAUAUCUAAGAAGUGCCACAAGAUUUUCAGCAGUUCCAGUAGUUAGAGACUGCGCAGUUAGCGGUGUUAAAUGGUUAUUUCCAAAAAAACGAUGGCAGAAAAAAUUGUUGUUUUUUUCCUUUUAGGCGUUGCAACCCAACCCCCUCUUUAAAGCAGUGUUAAAGGAUCCGAAGAUGGGAAUGAAAACGUUCCUGUUUCUUCAGCGUAUAGGCCUGAUAAAAAUAUUUCAACAAAAUGUUAAGGUAAAUAUCUCUGUUAGUGUAAUAAUGAUUGUGUGUGUUUAAGUCGACUUUAUACCAAAAUAUAUAGGGGGGGAAAUGUGCAUAUUACGUUGUCCAUGAGACGAAAUGUGUUAUGAAAUUAAAGCAUGCACCAUGGCACGAGGUCAAAUAUAAAGUGUUGCCCAAGAGCAUUGACUUACUAAAACUGCCAGUUGACCAAUUAAUUCCCGUUCCUUUUUCCAUUUUCUGUCACGUCAUGGGAGAAAAAGUGAAUUCCACAUUUUUGCCAUUGGUCAUUUUUUAAAUAUUGCUUUACUUAAAUAAAUAAAUAAAUAAUAAUAAUAAUAAUAAUAAUAAUAAUAAUAAUAAUAUCAUCUUGAUGAUAGUAGUACUGUAGGGUUAAAAAUAAGUCACAACAAGGGUGAGAAUUAACAUCUACAAACUCAAUCAAUCAUACCUGUGAUUCAGCAUUUUUGUAAAAGGCCAAUCGUCCUUUCUUUUUCUCUCUCUCUCUUUCUCUCUCUCUAUGGCCUGGCUUGUUUGCUGAAAUGUGAGAAGCAAUCAAUUUAAAUGGCUAUUUAAAAAAAAAACAAACAAAAAAAAAUAAAAAAUAAAAACAGCAUGCAACUGAAUGAUCUGGAGACAAAAGUUGGCUCAAAAAUGACAUCUUGAGGGAGCACUGAAAAGAAAUAUAGAAUCCAGUCAGUUUACAUAAAAUUCAUUUUAAUUAGCAGCAAAACAUGUUUCCCUACAGCUAGAAAAAGCAAAGACAAUAAAGAUAAACUUACUUAAUGAUUAAUGCUUGUCCCUGAACAAGAAAGGGCCUUACAAAGCAGCUGAUAUUUUAUGUUUUUUUUUUUAUAUAAACAUUGUAAUUAGUAAUAUAAAUCAAUUGCAAAUUGUUUACUCAGUAACAUUUUACUAAAGAAUAAAAUACUAUUAUAUGGGUGUGCCAUGACCUAGUUUGCUAGGACAAAGAUGGUUUCCAGGAAGAGAGAAAAAAAAAAAAAAAUUUAAAUGUCAAAGGGAUAUCAUCCAACAUUUUUUCUUCCUUCUUCUCAGAUCCUGCAAACAGAAACACUGUAUGUAUUAAAUAGUCCAUAAAAGGCUGAUGAAAUCAAGAUUUAGAUCCCUUUAGGAACAAAGGAAACCAAUUUUGGCCAUUGAGUUCCAAUGUAGGAGAAAAUGGCUGCGCCUGCAUUCAGCCUUCUUUCUGCUCUCUGUAGGAAGAACUGAGGGCUGUGCUUCUAAUAGCAGAAACUAACAUGGUGCUUCAAUCUGAUUGGCCAGAAAGGGAACUGUUGUUAACCUGCCAAUUGCCCAAGCACCGCAGAAUAUCAAUGGUCGGAAUGGUGGAAAGCAACGAGACGUGUAAAACUACUGCUAUGGCAAAAACAAAAACAGACAUUAGAUAUUUACACUGAAUACUCGACCAAAAAAAAAAAAAAAAAAAAGAUACAUUUUAGUCAAGCCACUUGAAAGGCUCAUUUUACUGACUGGUCGUGAACAGAUGGGUCGUGUCAAAACAUAUUCCGGAAUAAAUGUUUACAUUAAUGCAAACUUGCAUUCCAGAUAUGGACUAAAUCGAUUGGACUCGCAGACCGUGUCCCAAUUCAGUUCUAACAACCUUCCCCAGCGUUGGUCCUCCAUGUCCAUCUUGUAUUUAACGUCCACGUAAAUCUAACAAGCAGAUUCAACGCGUUAUAAACCUUUGUUUUUGUGUUCGGAAUUUAAUAUAUGGCAACUUUUUCUCGUGUUUCAAACACGAAACUGUAUAUGUGUUUUAUUGGAGUUCAUAAAAUAGCAGUAUACUGAUGUGAGAAUUAAAAAUAAUUCUUUGAAACUGCGUGUCGAAUGUGCCGCCGGACGGAACGUUGAGAUAGUGGUGUAUUGUGGGAGAGACAGAAACCCCAGAGUACAGGAGCACAAUAUGUGUUGGCUCGCAAAAAGGAGGCAGUAUCUUUAAAAUCAUGUAAUGUGAUCGGCGGAACGCUAAAGAUCUAGCCGUUUUAUAUCAAACUACUCGUUCGGACACAAAAUGUCCAGACCCGGGGAAAGAAAUAAGCUAAAUGAAGAUCACGGCAAAAGGCAGAGUUCAAGUUUGGCGAACGGAAUGGACAACAGCCAUCCUUUUUGCAGUUCGGGAGAGAAACGAAGUCAUCAUUGGAGAAGUUACAAGUUGAUUAUUGACCCAGCGUUAAAAAAGGGAUCACACAAACUGUAUCGCUACGAUGGACAGCACUUCAGCAUGCCGAACCCUGGAAUGCCACCAGUGGAUAUCGUUAGAGACCCGAGAAUCGGUCGUCUCUGGACAAAGUACAAGGAGACGGAUCUCCCGGUUCCUAAAUUUAAGAUCGACGAAUGUUAUGUCGGUCGCGUGCCGCCGAAGGAGAUCACGUUCGCGAGACUGAAUGACAACGUCAGAGAGGGAUUCCUCACCGACAUGUGCAAGAAAUUCGGAGACAUCGAGGAGGUGGAAAUAUUAUACAACCCGAAGAAUAAAAAACACCUCGGAAUAGCAAAAGUUGUUUUCGAAAACGUCAAGGCGGCGAAAGAUGCUGUUCAGAAUCUGAACAACACAUCUGUAAUGGGCAACAUCAUCCACGUGGAGCUGGACCCUAAAGGUGAAAAUCGCCAGAGGUACUUCCAGCGUUUGAUCAAUGGAAGUUAUACUCCACUCACACUUCCAGUUGGUGGCGAAGAGGCUUGUGAAGUUUCUCCACGGAGCUUAGCCGAAGCCCUGCUGGCAUGCGAGCCCCUGCGAAGACUGUCUGAAGGCAGUUCUUCUGCAGUCACGGGCACUGCUACACCAGGUGGCACCAACACCCCCAUGUCCUUGGAUACAGCCUAUUCCAGCCUGAGGCAGGAUACGCCGCAGUCCCAGGGCACCCCGCACACCCCACGCCAAUCGAGCACCCCGUUCUCUCAGGACUCCAACUACUCUAGCAGGCAGGGCACUCCGGCAUUCCAGCCUAACCGUGUGGAAGCCUCUGGAGGCUACAAGGCAAGGAGGCAUGAAACCAAAUUCCAGGAUGCCUACAACCGCAGGCCUGAGCGGCAUUAUGUACAUGGCACAGGAGGGGCACACCGCGGCAACGCAGAGCAGCCACCCAGUUUUAAACAACAUCAGCCACCUGAACCGCCAUCCCCUGCAUUUGCGCACACACCGCCACCACCAGCCACAGCAAAUUUCAAGACCGCUUUCUCUCCUUACCAGCCCCCAAUGCCCCCUGUGUACCCUCACACGGAAUCCCCCUUCAAUCAGCCCGUUCAGCGGGAAGUGGAUUACAGGAGAACCCCUCAAGCCCCUCUUCCCCCAGUCACUGACUUUACGCCUGUCAGAGACAGACCUGCGACACCACCAAUGCCUGAGCUGCCCCCUGCACCUGAGACCCAUCCAGCCACACCUCCGCCCUCCACGCCUGAGACUUGCCCAUCACUGGGCACCCCCACCCAGGAGUCAGAGCGCAACAGCCUGGACUCCCGCAUAGAAAUGCUUCUGAAGCCGUUCCUGAACGAGCGUGGAGACUCGGACACUGAGGUGCGCAUGGACGGGAGCCCAAUCUCCUCAUCCUCCUCGCAGCUCUCCCCCAUCCCGCCCCAUCGGCCCUCGCGGCCUUCAAGCGCUGGCCUGGAGGAUAUCAGCCCUACUCCAUUGCCUGAUUCAGAUGAUGACGAACCUAUCCGAGGUACUGCUUCUCUGCUGACGAACUCUAGGGCGAUGUCGCCUGCCAACAUCCACAGUAAGAGCGGUACAGGACGACCACGGACGCCCACAGACAAAAUGGACAUGGGCCAUCAGUCUUCGGGUGAAGACAUGGAGAUAUCUGACGAUGAGAUGCCUGGCACACCCAUUGCCAGUGGGGACUGUGCCAAAAGCAUUGUGGUCAACUCUGCCCUGUCUCCAAUGCAGACCAUUCCCAUGCCCCCACCAGGGUUCCCCCCUCUGCCCCCUCCACAGUCUGGCUUCCCCCUGCCACCACCUCCUCUUCCACCCCACUCAACCGUUCCACACCUGGCUGCCCCUCAUGCAUUGCUACAUCCAUUGCACCCCUUUCCCCCUGGCAUGAUGCCCAUAAUGCAGGUGGACUUAAUGAGCUCCGUACCACAGUGGGGUAGCGUUCACAUGUCUUUCCAAAUGCAGACUCAGAUGUUAAGUCGUAUUGCUCAGAGCCAGCGACCGUAUCCCUACCCCCACUUCAUGAGCGGGGACGCAGCAGGGGCUGCAGCUAGUGCCAUGCAGUUUGGGGGCCCGUACCAACCUCUGUCUAUGGUUCUUGCCCCUGCUGCCGGUGUAGGCCAUGGGCAACCCUGGUCUCUGCCCAGUGUACCCAAGUUUAAUCCUGCUGUCCCACCGCCAGGUUAUGAGCCCCAGAAGGAAGACCCUCACAAAGCCACGGUGGAUGGAGUACUUAUGGUUAUUGUCAAAGAGCUGAAGGCCAUCAUGAAAAGAGAUCUCAACCGUAAGAUGGUGGAGGUGGUGGCCUUCAGAGCAUUUGAUGAGUGGUGGGACAAACAGGAGCGUUCUGCAAAGGCUACACUUACACCUGUUAAGACAGGUGAGAGCAAGGAUGAGGAGAAAGAACGGGCCAAGCCCAAAGAGACUAUAUCCUCUAGUUUGCUAGAGAACUGGAACAAGGUUGAGGGUCUGGGCUUUGAGGGUAUGGGGCUUGGCAUCGGCCUGCGUGGUGCCAUCAGAUUACCAUCCUUUAAGGUAAAGAGGAAACAGCCUUCUGAGCCAACAUCAACAAAUGACAACAAGAGAGUAAGACUAUCCACACCUGUCGAUGAUGAGCUGGAGGAUGAAGAAAGAACAGAACUUUGCCCGGACGGAUCCAGAGUGGAUGGCAGUGGUUCUGCUGCCAAGCGAAGGCCAGCCAGGCCUCUGGAGCUGGACAGUGAGGGUGAGGAGGAGGAGGAAACCUCCGGUAAAGAGGAGUCAUCACUGUCGGACCAUGAAGAGGAGCCAGAGGAAGAUGCUUCUGAGAGGUUGUCUUCCAGCAAGGAUAUCGAGGAAGAAGAAGAUGAGGACAAAAAGAGUGAAUCAGAGUCGAGUGAGAGUGAAUCAUCAGACUCUUCAGAUGAUGCCUCUAGUUCAUCGUCCUCCAAAUCUGGUUCGGAUUCCUCCGGGAGUGAGAGCUCAUCCGACUAUGAAUCAAGUUCGGAGGAGGAGGAGGAAGAGGAGGAAGAGGAGGAAAGAUUUGUUGGAAUAGAGGAUGAAGACGAAGUACAAACCUCAUCGUCAUCCUCAUCUUCCUCAUCCUCAUCCUCCAAUGAAGAGGAAGAUGUUGAUCUAAAAGCCCCCAGUACUCCCAUUGGACCACCCCCAGAGGAGGAGACAACAGAGGCGUUAGAAGAGGCAGAGAUCGGUGGUACGUUGAGCUCAGUCAAACUUGGUCUUGAAGACAUUCGACCUCCAUCACCCAAAGGAGCGCCAGUGGAGGAACCUGACAGUGACUUGAAGGUCAGUAUUCCAGUGCCCAAAACUGAAACGAAUCUGGAGGACGUUGGUAGCCUGCGGCCACCCACCCCAAUAGGUUCGUUUGGAGACAGUGAUCAGGACAACCGACCAAAGAUCCCCAUAGAGGAGGAAUUCCCCCGAACCCCUGGUCGUGAUGGCCCAGUUCCCUUAGAAUCAGAGGCCUCAAUCCCUCGGUCUCAUCCUGCCCCUUCCAUGCACCUGCCACUUCCCCUCAAUCAUGUCCUUGAAGCACGUUCCCUUCUUCCACCCCCGGAGGCUUUGCCUGAUUUGCCUGUCCGUGGGCGAUUGCCUAUGGAAGAGGACAUCCCACACACGCCGGGCAGAGACCUCACGGACAGACCUCGAGGUUUAGGCAAGUCUCAAAGCACUGAUACAGUUCCUGUCACACCAGGCAGUGAAACUCCGCUAACAGGUAACAGCUUGAGCUCCCCGCACAUUCCCGGCAGCCCUUUCUCUUACCCUGCCCAAUCCCCUGUUCUCAGUGCUGGCAUCCCUCGAACUCCAGGUAGAGACCUUACUUUCACCCCAGCUUUCCCUGAAUCUGCUGCUUUAGCUGCAGGCCUUCCCAUUCACAGGAAGGCCUCUUCUGAGAGCUUGGAGGAGAAGUCUCUCUUCAAAGAGCCUCUGCUCAGCACCUCUCCUCAAGGCAGCCUACCAAACAAUGCAGCUUCCUCUCCUUUUUAUGGCCCUCCCCUUCAUGCUGCUUCACUUCAGGAGCCAGCCAUGCCACCCCAAGGCUCCUCCCCAUCUUCUGUAGAAACUUCCUCCACCUCUGCUCCAAAAGACAUACCUGUUCCAAUGAUAGAUGUUCCUGUGCCCCUAGAUGCUACUCUACCGAAGAGGAAACCAGGCAGGCCCAAGACUAAAAAGGGGUCUGUGGUUGCUCCUCAAGAUGCCCAAGAGUCUCCAGCUCCGAUGGUUGCCUCUUUGUCUCCAGAUAUACCAUUAAACGACGUGUUCCAAGAGCACCCUUCAGAGACGUUCAAAGAAGCAGAUAGCGAUUCCACAGCCGUAGCCUUGGAGGAAGAAGACCAAACUCAGACAGUCAUACCCCAUGAGGUGGAGGACAGGCUCUUCUAUGUGGAGGAACCUAUUCAGAAGACACGUCGACAGAGGCGGGGCUGGCAGGAGUUGUUGUUAUCCAUGCACUCCCCUGUGAUAACACCGCCCCAUCCCAGUUUUCUACCCCGCUCAGAAUUCGAGGAGAUGACCAUCUUGUAUGACAUCUGGAAUAAUGGCAUUGAUGAGGAGGACAUGCUUUACCUUAAGAUCACUUAUGACAAGAUGCUUCAGCAGGACAAUGGCAAUGACUGGCUCAACGACACACUCUGGGUGCACCAUCCUCCCACCAAUGCGGUUAGUGUCCCGGGGGUGAAGCGGAAGCGGAGAGAAGAUGGCAUACGGGAUCAUGUCACUGGCUGCGCCCGCAGUGAGGGUUACUACAAAAUUGACAAGAAAGACAAAAUGAAAUAUCUGAACAGCUCACGCCUGCAGUCAGAAGAGCCUGAUGUGGACACUCAGGGGAAGAGUAUUCCAGCACAGCCCCAAGCGUCCUCUAGGGCAGGUUCAGAGCGGCGAUCUGAACAGCGACGCCUGCUCUCCUCCUUCAGUUGUGAUAGCGACCUCCUCAAGUUCAACCAGCUUAAGUUCCGUAAAAAGAAGAUCCGGUUCUGCAAAAGUCACAUUCAUGAUUGGGGAUUGUUUGCCAUGGAACCUAUUGCUGCUGACGAGAUGGUUAUUGAAUAUGUUGGCCAGAAUAUUCGACAAGUUAUUGCAGACAUGCGAGAGAAGCGUUACGAAGAAGAGGGCAUCGGCAGUAGCUACAUGUUCCGUGUGGAUCACGAUACCAUUAUAGACGCAACCAAAUGUGGCAACUUCGCCCGCUUCAUCAAUCACAGUUGCAAUCCAAACUGUUAUGCCAAGGUCAUCACUGUGGAGUCACAGAAAAAGAUCGUCAUCUACUCCCGGCAGCCAAUAAAUGUUAACGAGGAGAUCACCUACGAUUACAAGUUCCCCAUCGAGGACGAGAAGAUACCGUGCCUCUGUGGUGCAGAGAACUGCAGGGGAACCUUAAAUUAACCCCAGCUGGGUAGGUGAGAUCUAACUUAUAACAUACACUGCCCCGAAAGCCCAGACGCCCAGUCUUCUGGAGACACCAUGCCAAACCACAGGGAGCUACAGAGGAACUAGUGGGUGUAAUACAACACAUCCACUGAAUUUACAUUGUGCAGCUAAGUGUCUGGGACUUCUUUUUGUACCUUUUCACGAUUGUUUACGAUUUACAGGUGCUCUUUCAAGCAUGAAAAAGAAAUGAGUUUUUCUACCACUCUUCCAUUGACCUCUGUAUGUACAAAAAUACCAUAUUUAUCCCAAAAUGUUUGGGCACUAGGUUUGCUGUCAGCCCGUUUGGCACACUUUGUCUGCCCGUGGAGCUCAUGGUCUGUGUCAGUCCAAUUUUCCUCUGCAGUUUGGUUAUGGAGAGACCGCCCUGUCCCUGAACAUUAACCCCGAACACUUUAAGCUGCUCAUAUCUGUCCAACAUGCACAAAAUUUUGAAUUUUGAAUUUGAAAUAUUUUUUAAUUGCUUCUCUGCCCAUGUACUCCCCCUAGCUCAAUCCAGAACUGUCAUUCUCUACGAAACGAGCUCACUUGGAUAUUCACAACUUUAUGCAAAAAAAUUCUGCUACCAGGAAAGAUUUCACCAGGUUUAGCAUUGUGACACUAACCAAUGUCAGGGGAACUGGGUCAAUUGUCUUCAGUUACAGCUCAACAAUAGCACACCUGCGUCGGCCACAAAACAAAUGAGUAGACAAGGUCCAAAGCUCAGGCAAAUUUACACAAAGUGAAAAGAUCUCAUCACAGUACUUGAGCCAGCGCUUUGUGUAGCAUCUACCGAAUGGAGCUUUUCAGAGGAUCAAAAGCAAACCAAACAAUACACUACACUUAUUCUCUCAAUUAUUCCAUUAUAACGUUCUAUUCAAUAUUGUUCUGCAAAUUUAAGUGUGUGCACUGCCCCCUAGUGUCUUCAAUGUGUAAAGACAGAAAGCUGCUUUAAUACUGAUUACACUUUCCUAACACUCAAGAUGGAAAGCUUUUUACUAAUUCUGCAUCAUCUUAUGUGUCAUCUCACUUUUUCAAGUCAAGACUUUGGUUUUCACUUGGUAGAUGAAGAUGUGGAGAUGCAAUUGGCUUCAUAUUCAUCUAUUCUGAUUCUGAUUCACAUGGGAAUUCUCACCAAUGUUGACAGUACGAUGCUGCUAUUCUGCAAUACUGCAAACUUGUGUUGCUUUUUCAUGAAACCUCCUACUUUCUCUACCAAUUCACUUUAACACAGAUGGCAAAAUCCACCUGCACUGGUUUCAGGUCAGUUAGUGGGUGAAUCUCAUGAAAACACAUCCAAGUCAUAUUUCACCCCCAAGAAAAAUAAAUGAAAUUACAUUUAUCAUAAAGAAAAUUAGGCCAAAUUUUAGAACCAUUAGGAUUUUAGCAUUAUCAUUAUUUUAUUGAAAAUUAAGCACCCCCCCCCUUUGAAGUUCCCAAGUAAUUCACAUUAUUCUCAAUGAUAAUUCCCAUUACUGUAAUACAGUGAUUUCUUUUUUAAAUAGCAUAAAUUAAAGGCAGUACAACAAACUACCAUGAUGUACAAAUUCAUUACAAUUUCAUUUGUUGAAGGAAUGUUCCAGGUUCAAUACAAGUUAAGAUCAGUCGACAGCAUUUGUGGCAUAUUGAUUGCCACAGAAAUUAAUUUUGACUUGCCCCUCCUUUUCUUUAAAAAAAGCAAAAAUCUUGGUUACUGUGAGGCACUUACAAUGGAAGUGAAGGUGGGGCCAAUUUUUUUUUUUUUAUUAUGUUAAAAUACUUUUUCAAAAGAAUAGUCACAAGACAAACAGUAGGCGUGUAAACAUGAUUUUACUGUGAUAAAAUCACUAACAUUUUCUGUGUAAAGUUAGAGCCAAUUUUACAAAUUUGUUGUCAUGAUGAUGUAAUGUCAACAAACCCUUAAUCCCUAAAACGACUGUAAAAAUGACAAUUUAAACAACUUUACAGCUCAUGAGUUUUAACAGAAGAAUUAAUGGGAGGGUUUUUAUAAAAUUAUAAGCUUCAUAUUUCUGCCUUUAAACCCUCCAAAAAUUGGCCCCAUUCACUUCCAUUCUAAGUGCCUCACUGUAACCUCGAUUUCUACUUUUUUUAAAGAAAAGGAGGGACGAGUCGAAAUAAAUUUUUGUGGUAAUCAACAUUAUACCACAAAUGCUGUUGAUUUGAGCUUAACUUGUAUUGAACCCAGAAUAUUCCUUUAAUACAUCAUUAUUUUUUUCAUUUUACAGUAAUUGGAAUGUGUGAAAGUGUGCUUAAUUGUCAUAAAAAUAAUGUCACUAUGUAAAAAAUCUUUAUGUUCCUAAUAUAUAUAUAUAUAUGUAUAUAUAUAUAUAUAUAUAUAUUUUAUCAAAAUAUAAUUUUUUUUUUUUUUUUUUUUUUUUUAUUACUUUGGGGUAAAAUAUUACCUAGACAUGUUACACGAGAUUCACCCUAGUGUAUGACUCUGGUUCUCAUAGUAUUAAGUGUUAUUAAAUGUGUGCAUUGACACAGUAAAUAUAUUUAUAAUAUCACUUUAAAUGCUGAUGCUUUACUGAUAAUCUAGUUAAAUGCAACUUCAGACAUAACAAGUAUUUAGAACAAUCAAGGCCCUGGAGUAUUAGGUUCGUCAGUGCUUUGAGAGCUGCUCAGUUUGAAGUCAACCUAAAAUCGUCUGGUGUGGACCCUGAAGAUUUGAAGAUCAAGGAGUCAAACACGGUGCCAAAUAUGUACUUGGGGAACUUAAAGUGUCGCUCUAAAGGCAGCCUGUUUUCACUUGUUUCCACUCAAGUCUGUGUCUGUAAAUUGUACCUAAAACUCUCCACUGGUACUUAAGGUGAUCUGUUGAGGUUCUUUUGCAUAUUGCUCAGUAUUGAACCAUCAAAAUGUGUUUAAAGAGCCAUUACAGCCAAAUGUCUGCUCCAAAGGACCUACUGACCUGCAAGGCAGCAUCUGGUCACUGUGCUUUCCUUGUUUGAUUUGCUCAUGUUUAUAAAUGCACUAGAAGCUACCACCCCCCAUCAAUCCAACCGGCGCUCACAAGACCAAGCUAUAAAUCACGUCCUUUACAUUAGAUCACUCACAGGGUAAGGUCUCCCGUUUUUUUGUUUUCUUUCUUUUAAAUAUGUUUAUAUUGUACAGGAUAUGAUCAUUUGUAUAAAGGAAUGAGGCUUUUUUUUAUCUGGAUGGGGAGUGAUGCAUCGUUCUUCUUUUACGAGCAGCAAAUGGAGUAUUUAAAAUGACUAUUUUUCAGGGAUCAUUCUAUGAUAAAAAAGGGGUUGAAUAGCUAAUUUAAGGAAAAUGAUGCAUCUUGUAUAUAAAACAGAUUUGUACUUCCUUUUGAAAGAUUGUUUCUUGUAGAAACGUCUUUUUUCUGCCCAUUUUCCUUUGGAUUAUUAUGUGUAAAUACUUUAACUGUGAAUAUAUAAAUAGAAAUAUAUAUAUAUAUAUAUUUUUGGUCCUGAGGAUUUGCUACAGCGUCACGGCUCGGAAAGGUCUAUUUGACAGUGAGUGCAAAGAGCUGGUGGCAGUAUUUUCAGCUUGUGUCAAGCUUUAUUUUUUAUUUUCUGUUGUAAAUUCUAUGAAAAUCUGUUUGCAGUGUGGGGGAAAGCAUUAUCAUUCAGAAAUGGCAAGGGACAUUGGUGAAAUCUACUUAUACCCCCUUGUCUAUUUAUUAUACCACAAAUGUAUGGAAAAAGAUCAUGGAAAAAUAAAGGAUUUUUUCAGA